CAAAUUGAUCAAGACAGGACAGAGGACAUCAUGCCUUCGGAGUCGUUUUCAGAAGUUCUUCCGGGAUUCACAGGGGAGAGUAAUCCAGAUAUUUUCAACCUAAAAGCGAGGCCGAAUGUUACCGAGAAGAAACCAGGCCAACUUCCGGACCACAUGAUCAAACAAUACUUUGAAGAUGGUUACGUGGUUGUGAAGGACUUCUUUACGAAGGAAGAAUUGGAACCAUGCAAAAAGGCUAUUGAAAGAUUUGUUGAUCAGCUGGCUCAAAAACUGUACGAAUCUGGACGAAUAAAAGAGCUUUACAGUGGGUACGGAUUUUUUGAACGCUUGUCGAAGAUUGAAAAAGACUUUCCAGGAGCUAAUAUAGUUCUACACAAAUACGGAGUUCUGCCACAGGCGUUUAAAGAUCUUUGGACCAAUGAGCGUUUGUUGAAUGUUGUGGAGCAGCUGAUUGGUCCAGACAUUGCCGGGCACCCGGUUUGGAAUCUACGCACCAAGACACCCCAGAACGAGGCUACAACAGUUCCUUGGCAUCAAGACACUGCCUAUUUAGAUCGAGAGUCCUACAAAGUCCUCCAGCCAACGGCAUGGAUUCCGCUUCUAGACGCCAAUGCUGACAAUGGAUGCAUGCAGGUUGCACGCAGAGGUCACAAGACUGGAAAAGUUGCUCACCAUCAGUGUUGUUACGGAAAGACCUGGUAUGUCAUGCUGGAAGAAGAGGAAAUGGCCAAAACAUUAGAGGUAGAUUUGGACAAAGACAUCAUUACAUGUCCAGUUCCCUAUGGAGGAAUGUUACUGCUGAACAAUAUGAUUCCUCACAGAAGCUUGCCGAACAUGUCGGACAAGAUCCGUUGGAGCCUUGAUCUCCGUUGGCAAAAACCGGAUCAUCCCUGCGGAUUUUAUGGCAUGAAGAACCACCUACUUUUCCGGACGUCCAAGGAUCCCGACCACAAGAUCGACUGGACAGGCUUUGACGGAGAUGACCGUUGGUCUAAACAAAAGGAAUCGGUCAAAGACCUCCAAGACGUACUUCCGCAUGUGGAAGACGCUGACUUUGACACCACUAUCCAGGGUCCAUGGAUGAAGAAAUGGGACCUCGUCCACCAUAAUCAACACACAGCCAAACUAGACGAUAGUAAAGAGCUCUCCUGGCACGCCUCGACAAAAGCUUAACUUGUGUUGACUAUGACAUGUUUCACGGUCCAAUACUUCAUAUUUGACUACAAUCUCUUUGCAAUAUGGACAUUAUAAACAAUAAAUGAAUUGUCAGGGAGAUUAUGCAUUUUAUACUGGUUUUAAGAAGUAAAAUAUCGAGCUUGUAUACAUUUAGAUACCAUUCUACAUGCAUAUAUUCAUAUAUUUUUAAUUUUAAAUAUAAAUAUUUAUAAAUCUCAGGAA